UGAAAAUACGACGGCUAUUCAAAAAACGUAAUGAUUCAAGAAUCGACAUCUGUUUGUGUUGUUUUUAGUGGGAAAAGAAAAUCAGGCAAAGAUUAUACUGUUAAUCGUCUGACUAAUCUGCUCCAAUUUAAUCAUCUUUCUUGUUUAGUAGUACGAAUAAGUGAACCAAUUAAAUCGUAUUUCGCUGAGCAUUAUGGAUUGGACUUGUCCGAAUUAUUAUCCUCAAACGAAUAUAAAGAAAAAUAUCGAAAACAAAUGAUUGAUUGGAUGGAACAAGAAAUUAAGCAAGAUCCUUAUAUAUUCACCCGGAAAUCAUUGCUUGAAAGUAUUAGACGAUGUGGGAUACCUCAUCCUGAUAUUAUUAUUAUUUCAGAUGCCAGAAGGACAAAUGAUGUGGAGUAUCUCAUCAGGACAUUUGGUCGAUCCAAAUGUUUGUUAAUACGUAUUGUCACACCUAUAGAAGUUAGAAUCGAACGGGGUUGGUCAUAUGUUGAUGGGGUUGAUAAUGCUAUGUCCGAGUGUGGAUUAGAUGAAUUCACUUGUUGGGAUUACAUUUUGUCCAAUGAUGGAGACGAAAGUGCAUUUAAAAACCAUUUAAACGAUAUUGUUGCACUCAUUAAAGAAUUGCGAAAAUGAUCCUAAUGCUUAUUAUGCAGUCAUUGAUAAUAAUGUUUUAUGCAAGUGUAGUCGUUUACGUUGUAUGGACACUUUCAACAGGCGUUUACUGCAACAAUGCUGAGACGUCCUUUUGAGCACUGUCGCAACUGGACGAGUUUACUUCUCAUAUGAUCAUUAUUCUGGCUACAAAUUACCAGAUUGUUUGAUAAAUAAACCUUGUUUGGUUAUUGGAAAUUGGAUACUGAUCUACUUCAGAAAAUCCCAGUUGACUCAGGUCUAGAUUUAUCUAUUUAUGAGCUUGUUCCUGCAUAACUCAUGGGAUCUGACUUUAAAACCCUCACGGUUAAAUAUAUAUUCAGUGUACAUCAGAUAGUAAAUAUCUUCAUUUUUAGUAAAAGCAAUUUCUUUCCUGAGUAUGUCACUGAUCAUUUUCAUAAUAUAUUUUUAUAGACA